GUGAUUGGUCGGUGUCUCUGUCGGUGUUGGGGUUUGCUGGUGUUUAUUUGGUGCAGUUUUACUACACGAGUGGACGAUUUAAGGUUUCCCCCGUGUGACAAAGUCCGCUCCAGUCCGAGUCCAGGUCCCGCGGUCCAGCAUGGCUCCGAAGAAAGCGGCCAAGUCUAGCCACAAGUCUAAAGAGAACUGUUUGUGUAGAUGACGGCUGCAGUCCUCUGAACAUGGAGGAGUCCGAAGCACAGCGCGAUGGCCCUAAAACCCAGGCAGCCAAUAAGAACGGGAAGAGGGCGGAGUCUGGAUCCGGCGGCAGCAGCUUCUUCUCCUGGUUCAUCGUGCUGGCCCUUCUUGGCGUCUGGACCUCUGUGGCUGUGGUCUACUUUGACUUGGUGGACUAUCAGGGAGUCCUAGACAAGGCUAAAGGCUUACAGAUUAACCUGUCUGAGACCCUGCAAGGAAAGCUGGUGGCCUACGACACUGACGGCGACGGCGAUUUUGACAUCGAGGAUGCUAAAGUUCUGCUAGGGCUGAAGGGGAAGAUCGAGGAGGUUUCCUCAGAUACCAUAAAGGCUGACGAACCUGUGGACACAGCGGAUCGAGGACCAGAGCCCAUUAAAAGAGAUAUCAUUGAACCCGACCCCGAGCCUGUGGAAGAGGAACAGGAGGCGGUGAUAGAAGCAGCUGUAGCAGAAGAAGUCACCGCCUCACAACAAGAGCCUGAACCCGAAGCAUCUGAAGAACCGGAGGCAUCUGAAGAACCGGAGGCAUCUGAAGAACCCGAAGCAUCUGAAGAACCAGAGGCUGAACCAGAACUUGAACCAGAAGUGGAAGCUGAACCAGAAUCUGUUGAGUAUCCAGAGGUGAUCGAGGAGGAUCCAGAGGUUCUGGAGCAGGAGCUCCCUACAGAGCAAGAAGAUGCUGUUGAGGACUCCGUCUCUGAGGUCAGUCCCGAUGAACCAGCUGAUCAGGAGGGACAGGAGAUGGAAGGAGAAGCUGCAGAUGAGUUUGAUGAUGAAGCCUUCAGAGAAACGGUGGAGGAGGAAGCAGCUGCUGAAGAGGAGAUGGCUCCUUUAGGCAAGGCUGCUGAGGGCGGGACAGAAGAGGUGGAGGACGUUCCUGAAGAGGUGGAGGACGUUCCUGAAGAGGUGGAGGACGUUCCUGAAGAGGUGGAGGACGUUCCUGAAGAGGUGGAGGACGCUCCUGAAGAGGUGGAGGACGCUCCUGAAGAGGUGGAGGACGUUCCUGAAGAAGUGGAGGACAUUCCUGAAGAGGUGGAGGAAGUUCCUGAAGAGGUGGAGGAAGUUCCUGAAGAGGUGGAGGAAGUUCCUGAAGAGGUGGAGGACGCUCCUGAAGAGGUGGAGGACGCUCCUGAAGAGGUGGAGGACGCUCCUGAAGAGGUGGAGGACGUUCCUGAAGAGGUGGAGGACGUUCCUGAAGAGGCAGUAGUUGAGGCUGCAGAAGAUGCCUCUCCUCCAGAUGAGACAGCAGAAGAGGAGGGGGAGGACACAGCUCCUUCAGAGGAAGCUGCGCUGAAUGCAGCUUCUUCAGUUGAACCUUUAGAGGAGCCUGCUGGAGAAGAGGAGGUUUCUCCUCCUGAAGAGGCAGUUGAAGACGUGGAACAAGAAGAGGAGGAAGCUCCUCCUGCAGAAUCUAGUGAAGUGGAGGAAGAAGAGUCAGCUGCUCCAGAGGACGCUGAGGUCAACACAGCAUCUUCGAGUGACCCUACUGAAGAGGAAGAGGUUACUUCUCCUGAAGAAGCUGCUGAUGACACAGCAGAAGAGAAGGAGGCAGUUUCAGAAAAGGUAGCUGAAGAGCAAACCUUUGAGGAAGAAACGCCCACAGAUGAGGGAGAGGAGGAAGCAGAGGAUGCAACACCAUCAGUUUCAGAGGAAGACUCAGAGAGUCACUCAAAAGCAUCAGAGGCCAUUGAAGCUGAGGCAAAGGUUGAGGACGAACCCACAGAAACGUAGAGGCAGGAGGGGGUGCUGUGCCGAUGGACGCGUGACCCACUCAUGUGGCAUCAGCACCAAACACAAACGAGAGAGAAAGUCGUCAUGGCAACACCACCUAUCCUCUGUAUUUGAAGCCUGUGUGAAAGUUUUUUCUUAAAGCUGUGAGAAAGUAGCUGUUUACUGUUGGGGUACUUUUUGUUUUGUUGUCUUUCUUGAAUUAGUACUUCCUAUUUCCAUCUCUUUACUCACAGGACAGUUCAUAUAUUUCUAUGUAUCUCCUCAAGACGCAUUUUCCUUUACCACAUAUUUUCUGAAAAAAGUACUCACUAUUUCCAUGUUUUCUUUACAAAGUACUUUUGUUUUGGUGCUUUCCUGAAUAAGUACUUUUCUUUCCCAUGAUCUUCCCAAAGAAUUUCUUCCAGUUUUUAAUAUCUUUACUGGAGGAAUAUCUUCUCUUUUUACGUCUUUCCUGACGAAGAAUUUCCGGUUCCACAACUUUUCUGAAUGAGUACUUGCUGUUUACUUGUCUUCAAGUUCAUCGUACUCCCUUUUUCCACGAUUUCCUGAAGAAUUUCUUCCUGUUUCCACAUCUUUUUAAAGGGGUAUUUCCUGUUUCCAAGAUUUUCAAUUAAAAGUACUUUUGCCAUGACUUUUCCUUAGUACUUUCUUUGGGAGUACUUCUUCUUUUCAUUUCUUUUUGAAAGAGUAUUUCCUGUUUCCAUGUCUUUUUGGGGGGGUACUUCCUCUUUUAAUUUCUUUGUGAAGGGGUACUCCUUGUUUUCAUGUCUGUUUGGAUGGGUACUUCCUGGUUCCAUUUCUUUUUAGGGGGGUACUUCCUGUUGUCAUGUCUUUUUGAAGGAGUAAUUCCUGGUUCUAUUCCUUUGUGAAGGAGUACUUCCUCGUUCCAUGUCUUCUUUUUUUUUUUGGGGGGGGGGGGUACUUCCUGAUUCCAUGUCUUUUUGAAGGAGUACUUCCUGUGUCCUCUCCUUUGUUAGUUCAUUUAUCUGCAGGACUUUUUGGAAUGAUAUUGUUGGGGUCCAUCAAAGGGGGUGGAUGCUGGGGAGAACCCCCCCACCCCAACUCUGCGGCUCCUGCAGACAAACACUAUUCGGAUGCUGAACUAUGUUAUGUUGUGUGAAUUCUAUGCAGUUGUGUUAAAUCCUUUUUCUUGCCCCCCCCCCCCCCCCCACCCCCAUCUUUGUUACCAUGCAGAGUAUUCGUCGACCCCUCUGGACCUGCUGUUGGGUCGCCCUUUAAAACACUAACUUCUCGUUUUUUGCUUUUAGCAGUUCAGUGUGUUCCGUAGGUUUCUUUUACACAAUCAUCUUGUUGGAGCUGCAGAUCUCUGUCUUUGUUAAGCAGCAGCAUCCUCCCUGUGAAAACAGCUCACCUCAUGCUCUGUGCUGAGGGGGGUCCUGAACAUCAUCUCUGCAGCUUUGGGACAACCCUCUACAACCUGUGUGUGUUUUUUCAGUCUCAAGUGUCCCUCUGCUGUGAGGUGAUUAGGCACGAGUCUGUCAGAAUCUUGGAGACUCAGGACUUUUAAAGGCUCGAGUGGGUUGUAUCCACGCUGACUGCAGCAGAUACACAAAGAUCCAGUCUGACUUCUGUACUUGAAAAGAUGUGCAGGAAAAUGUAGGAAAGCAUCAGUAAGGCGGAGCUGCAACAGUCUUCACAGAACUGCAGACGUGCUCGUGUGUCUUCUCAUUCUGUAACUGUCAGCUUUGCUCAAAUGAACCGUGUUUUCUAGAAAACAACUAGCUGGUCUUUUCUACUUCCUGGUUAACCUACAAACCUUUUUAAACACUGAUGAUGAAGAACGUGGCCAAGAGAGAGCUUCUAGAUUUUAAGAACUGUUUAAAAGUAGACAUUUUUCUGAUAAUCAGAUUUAUUUUUGUUUUGUUUUUUUGUAGAAAAGCGUUUGGGAGUAUUUCUCACUAAGCCAUAAGCUGUCAGAUGGUUUAAGGAAAUGUGCUGCUUCUGACUUUUUUCAAUGAAAACACUAUGAAACAAAAGCAGCACCACAGCCUGACUGCAGAGGGCGAUGUUACCCUGCAGACGAGCUGACCAGAGGCCGGCCCCUUAAAUUAUUUCAUGUAAUGACUUGUUUUUGAGGCUGUGAAACACCUGAGAGCUGCAAUAAAGAGUCUGAGAGAACACA